AUCUAUGUUUCUACGAUGGCCCAAGAACACGCUCAUUCUUCAUCCGUAGAGAGGCUUUUGAAUUGCGAGGUACCAUUACAAGCUCAAUAUAUACGAGUGUUAUUCCGUGAAAUAACUCGAAUUUUAAAUCAUUCACUUGCUUUAACUACUCAUGCUAUGGAUGUAGGAGCAUCAACUCCGUUCCUGUGGGCUUUUGAGGAGCGGGAAAAAUUGUUGGAAUUCUAUGAAAGAGUCUCGGGCGCCAGGAUGCAUGCCAGUUUCAUACAACCAGGUGGAGUGGCACAAGAUCUGCCUCUUGGCUUAUGUCGAGAUAUUGAUUCCUCCACACAACAAUUUGCUUCUCGUAUCAACGAAUUAGAAGAGAUGUCAACCGGCAACCGUAUCUGGAAACAACGAUUAGUGGAUAUUGGUACUGUCACUGCACAGCAAGCAAAGGAUUGGGGAUUCAGUGGUGUAAUGUUAAGAGGUCGUGCGACAUGAAGAAAUUGAUAGCAAUAUGGGGGAAGUUCCCAUCAGGCAACAAUGGUUCUGCCUGACCCUACUUAAGCAUGCAUAUUAUGUUAGUGAAGACUUGGUGUGAAGCCUUGGAGCUUACGUUAGAAGAGAAAAAGGUUGGGAGAUAGGGUGAGCUGAGG